AAUCAAAAGAAACAACAAGUCCAAUUAACGAAUAAAUGAUUCUAGGCUUCUAUCGUUAGCCUCUGUCAGUGGUACGGUAAGUGAGAAAUUGUGAGAAGACAAGAAAAUGGCGAUGAUGCAAUUGUGCGGCGCUGUAGCAAGGAGAGUGAUGACGUUGCAGCGGCCUCCGCUGACAUCUGCCUCGAUGAGUGGGGUAGCGGCGGGAGCGCCGAUCCUGUGCGGCAGAGGCGACAAGAAGACAAGGAAAGGGAAGAGAUUCAAAGGGUCAUAUGGGAACGCUAGACCCAAAAAGGAGAAGAUGAUAGAGCGCAUCAAGGAUAAAGUCGAGGUUCCCAGGUCUACCCCUUGGCCUCUCCCCUUCAAGCUCAUCUAAUUUUUCUUUUUCUUUCUUUUUUCUCAUGUUCUCUCUGUGUCGCUUUUGUAAUAACUGUAGUAAUGAAGCUAAAAAUACGUGUUAAUGAUUAUGACUCAUGAGCAGAAUUUGAACAAUUUUGUGGCUGUUUGAUUGGAUGAGUUACUUUAUUUUUCUGGGGUUUAAGUUUUAGGUAAGGGUUCUUGUUUAUUUAAACUGUUACUGUGUAUUAAUUUCAAAGUUUAUCUUUUUA